CACACACAUAUACAACCACCCGCAGUUAGUUUGACUGCCAUCGGCUUGGUGCACCACGGUUCCGUUUCUUUUUCCUAGUGUAAAACAGCUGUAAAUGACAGUGCGGCACUGCAUUGGAGGCUCUGACUUAAAAGGGUUCAUACAUUUACACCUGGAUACGGUUGCUCUCAGGACGACAGGGUGGAGACAUCAGGACUGAGUCAGACGUAUAGGCACCUAUAGGGUCGACCUCUACUGUUUCAAGUGGAUUCGGACUUGACACAAGCCUGUCCUGUUCUGAGAGGGGAGAGAAGCAGGUGACAUGACUGGAGCUGGGGCUGAGGAUGACAUCCCAUUGGGUGAAAGGAAGACGGUCACAGACUUCUGCUACCUGCUGGACAAGUCCAAACAACUCUUCAAUGGUCUAAGAGAUCUUCCUCAGUACGGACACAAGCAGUGGCAGUCCUACUUCGGCCGCACCUUUGACGUCUACACCAAGCUGUGGAAGUUUCAGCAGCAGCACAGGCAGGUCCUGGACAAUCGGUAUGGCCUGAAGAGAUGGCAGAUAGGGGAGGUGGCGUCCAAAAUAGGCCAGCUGUACUACCACUACUAUCUUCGUACCUCAGAAACAAGUUACCUGAAUGAGGCCUUCUCGUUCUACUCGGCCAUCCGUCAGCGGUCCUACUACUAUCAGGUCAACAAAGAGGAUAGGCCUGAGUUGGUAGUGAAGAAGCUUCGGUAUUAUGCCCGCUACAUAGUCGUCUGUUUACUUCUGAACAAGAUGGACCUAGUGAAGGUGCUGGUCAAGGAGCUGUCAGAGGAAAUCGAGGACUAUACCCAGCGAUUCAACACAGAAGAUCAGUUAGAAUGGAAUCUGGUCUUACAAGAGGUGGCAGCUUUUGUGGAGGCAGACCCAGUGGUGGUGCUGAACGAUGAAAAUACUGUGGUCUUCACAUCCAAUCGGCUACAGGAGGGGGGCGUGCCUCAGUUGGAACAGGGAAUGGUAGUUGGCCAACUCACCCUGGCAGAUGCACUAAUCAUUGGAAACUGCAACAACCAGGUAAAAUUCAGUGAGCUAACCAUCGAUAUGUUCCGCAUACUCCAAGCUUUGGAGCGGGAACCAGUCAACCUGGCUACUACAACUUCUAAACCUGGAACAUUGGCCCUUACCCCAUGUCUUCCUUCACAGGAACCCAGCGAGAAGCCAGCCAAGAGAGAGAACCCUCACAAGUACCUGCUGUACAAGCCAACGUUCAGCCAGCUCUACACCUUCUUGUCUGCCUCCUUUAAGGAGUUGCCAGCGAACAGUGUGCUGCUCGUCUAUCUUUCAGCUACUGGAGUCUUCCCUACCGGACGCUUGGAUUAUGAGGGACCAUAUGACUUUGGAGGAGUUCUCACCAACACAAACCGUGAUGUGGUGAAUGGGGAGACUGUACAGAAAAGGAACCAAGCCCAAAAAGAGAUGCACUGCCUUCACCCUGGGGACUUGUUCCCUUUCACCCGGAAGCCUCUUUUUGUCAUUGUGGACUCUUCCAACAGCACAGCCUAUAAGAAUUUCACCAAUCUCUUUGGUCAGCCGCUGGUGUGCCUGCUAUCUCCCACAGUCUAUCCAAAGAGCAUGCAAGACCAGUCUCAGCGCGGCAGCCUCUUCACACUCUUCCUGUACUGCCCCCUUCUGGCCUUCCUGUCAGUGUGUGGCCUGAGCAGCCUGCGCCAAGGAUUGUGGGAGAAGGCUGAGGAGUUUCUACACAAGGUGUACCGUGACAUCGGCCAGAUGAUCACGCGCUCACAAGCUAUAGACCAAGCCUUUCUACAGUUCUACGGUGAUGAGUUCCUCCGAUUGUUACUGAUCCGCUUUGUGUUUUGCUCGGCUACACUGAGACUGCACAAGCUCUUCCGGGAGUCCAGGAGCUUCCCGGAAUCGUACCCUCAGCUACCCAAACAGGACACGGUGGAGAGCAGCCUCCUGCAGAAGCACGUUCUGGAGCUGGCCGCCAUGUUGGAUGUGCGGAGCCUCUUUUGGGACGGAACGCUGGACGUGAACUACUAACCUUCAGCUGCCCAGCUAGUCACCACAACUAUACAAACACAGACCAACCACAGACACGCAGACCACCGCUAUACACAUUCGCACAAGAGUCCUCAUCUUUCAGAGGUAAUUAAGUUACUGGUUGAACACACUGCAAUAGUGUCCGUUUCUUUUUAACCCAAGAUCCCCUUAUUUCCCCUACCUUAUCUACUUUACCCUAUCGGCUAUACUUAUUUUGAGUACAUUCAUACAGCUACUUGUGGAAGUCAACUAUGUACAAUGCAAACAUGAACAAGUUACCUAGCUACUUAUAUCCACAUGAGAUGAGCAUGUACUACGUGUUGUUACUCAAAAAAAAGCACUCAAAUGAACCACAUGGUGCAGCUAUUUUAGUCUGAGGGUGACAGGAGGACACAUGAAGCUAUCGAGGGCUUUAUAACACUUAAAAAGACAGAAAAUAAAUUAACAUAGUUUUACGACAACACUGCCUGCAGUGGGUUCUAGAUGGAUGCUUCCAGCUAUCUGAACUGCAAAUGAACUUCAAUGCAAGCUGUAGGGAAAUCUCCUCUUCUGUGCAUGGGUAGAUGUGUUGGCCAAGUUUACUGGAUGUAGGGUUUAGAGUGAGACUAACCUCCAUAUUUGUUUACCCAACUAGAUCUGCUGGUUUUAACACUUCUAAUGUAAUUGCCUGGAAGUUGCUUUUUUUGUUUCGUUUCAGUAGUCUGUUCUGUAAAACUGAGGCCUGGAUGUGUAAAGUAACAGAGUGCCUAUGAAGACCCUCAUGAACAGUUUAGCCCUGUUCAGAAACAACCACUUGCCCCUACCCUCUAGGCACCAGCUCUGACCUGUUUAGGUACCAGCUCCUAACAUCUAGGUACUAACAUACGGUGGCGAUGUCAGCGGCUCUGAAUGAUCUGCAAACAUAUCUGCUCAUUUAGUGCAGUGACUGAGCAAGCAGGAGGUCGCUAAUCUAUUUUCACUGUCUAUUACUCCUUGUAUCAGAGCAAGUUUUCGGACUGGGUUUACUGCGGGUAUAUGUUUAAGCACCCCGCAGGUACACAGCUGCCCAGCUCCUCACAGGCCAAUCAAAAUAGAUAAAUAGACACAUCUCUCCCAAUCUUCUGCUUUUCAAAGAUAUCACUUGAGGAACCAGGGUAACACUCCUUCUGGGGUGGAUCUUUUAAAAGAUUUAGCUUUGACCUUGAUUGGCAGCAUAUCAUUGGCUGCAUAUCUUUUGAGACAUUGUAGGGAUGGAAAAGGCCUCUCUCUCUAUGCUGUAGCCUAUAUGUUUUGGGGGUUGCAUCCCAUGGCAAUUAUAGUCUUAUGUAUUCUCUCCUUAACCGGCUUUCUCCUGACCAGUGGGGAUUAAGGAAAUUAGGUAAAGGGGGUAGAUUCUGAGAUUCACCCCUACUGAUUCAAAAACCUAUGGUUUAUGGAAAAUGUAGGACUUUGAGGCCCUGUGUCAUUCAUUAUAACUAAGCCCCCAUUCCUCUGUUUUAGGCAUGAUGGUUUACUGGAGAGAGUUCAUGCUGCUGUUUCUCUUUCUUUGCAUGUCUUAUCAGUAUUCUUGUCCAGAGUUUACUCUGUCGAGUUCAUGUUAGUCUGUUUGCAGGUCAGUUCCAGCGUUAGCCGUCUAGCAAGUGCCCUGCAUGGCAGCAAGCGUCAUCUAAUUUCCUUAUAUAGAUGGGGGCUUGAAGCAAUGGAACCGGGUAGUGCUGAAACUGACUCCUGGCAACCAGUUUUAAGUACGUGUGUGUGGUGAUGAACAAAAAUAGCCAAAUCAUUUUGUUUUUUUGUAUUUACUGAGAGGAAAAAAUGAAUUUCAAAAGUAAGAAAUCACCAUUUUAAAUGUAUAUUUAUGUUUAAUUGAAAAUAACAGUAUGUGAUACAGAGAGAUGUUUGGUCUUUAGUACGUAUGUCGAAUUGUUAAUUGUAGAAGCUGUGAAAAAUAUAUGCAGUUGGCACAGCAAUUUUAAUGAAUGAACUGCACAUUGUUCCCCCCAUCAGUUGUUUUGGUCAAAUUCAGCCAGCAUACAUUCCAAGGACAUGGAGAGAGUCGGGGAAACUGACACGGUUCUCCCCAUAGAAACAAACAAAAGUGGACCAUUUCAACAUGGGAAAUACUUCUCCCCAUGGCAAUUAUAAUAAUAUUUUGUUUAUUUGUUAAUAAUGAUGAUAAAAACAAUAGUAGCCUUGCACUUUACUGUAUUCAAUUAUGACCUAAUCUUAUUUGUCGUGCUGUCGGUAAAAAGGCAUGUCAGAGACCGUCCAAUCCAUUAUUCCCUAUGCCACCCUACGAUCAUUGUAAUACACAUUUAGAUAUUUGAUGUUUUUGUCAAUGACAAUGGACAAGAACACUGUCCAUAUUUUUUGUAAAAACCUUAAUUGUUGUGAUAUAUGAUGUUAUCUGUGUUAUUUCAUUAGAGCAUGUAUGUCUGUCCAUGUUUGGGAUGGCAGCACAGGGCAUGAUCAUCCAGAUCACACAAGACUAGCAUCCUAGCUCACUGGGAAGCACAAGUUAGUGCAACGAGCUACACUACCGUAGCUCAUCUUCUCUUCACUUAGGGGACCCACUUUCAUAGAAAUGUACAUCUACAAAGCCUCUGUGGACUGUUUCAUUCAAACUGCCUUUUGGUUUUAUCCAUUUUUUUUUCUUCAAGCACAUCAUGGACCAAUUUUUAAUUGCCACCAUUUUUAUGGACCACUCCAAUUUCCAUAAGAGUUAUCACUGCCAAAACAAGUUGACGGAUGAGCUUUCAGGGGAAGGCCAUGAAGAAUUACUGUCCAGUUGAGCAUAUCACCCAUGUUUUCUUGGACUAUCCUUGAUUCAUGAAUUUACAAACAUGAUGAAGUCCUCAAGGGAAGAGGAAAAGACGGAGCACCCAUACUUAACUAAACCUGAUUCAAAAAGGUUGCAAGUUGACGCAUUGUGACCGUGUCAUAUCAUACACUGUGAAUUGUAUGCAGUAAAACCAUUUUGGGACAUGUUUUCCUGCUUUGUCUUUGGGCCUUUGUUUACAGCCCGUUGUAAUCUCGUGGUGACUUUACUCUCCUCCAUGUAGUGUGUUAUUGUGCAUUGUAGUUAGGAGCAAGAGGGGAACAAAAAGCACUCAUUCUUAUAGAAAAGUGUCAAAGCUUCCUGUGCAAACUGAAGUGAAGCUGCCCCUUUACCGUGUAUCCCCAUCCCAAAAUAGGUCUUACUAGUGAGGAUAGUACAGUAUAUGUAAAGUACAUAUGAUAUUUAUGCAUAAUGACAAAGCCCUAGACACCAUUUAUUUAUGUUAUAAUACUUGUAAAUUGUGACAGGAUGUGACUGACCUCUUUCCCCCGUUGGCAUGUAGUUGAAGCCCCUAAUAGGGUGAAAUGUUGAGAAACAAAGGAAUGUCCAUUCUAUAAAUUACGUAUCUAUUAUUUGAAAGUCAUGUCAAUUCUGUGCAAUACAUUUCUAUCUGCAAUGCUUUGAACGUUUCGCACCAUUUGGAUAAGCCCUAGAUGAGUAACACAAUGAUAUGGAACAAAAGUAUAUUUAAGUAUGAACAUUAAUUUCUUGGGCCUAAAUCUAAAAUGUUACUUUGAGAGUAAGGGUGUUCUUUCUACCGGUUCCUACUGUUGUGGGAGGGAACGAUUUCAAAGUGAUAUAUUGGUCGGAAUACUCUUUCUUUAUAAGUUAAGGGUUUCUAGAGAUGCUAGUUAAACAUUAUUUGGCAUUCUUUGUUUAUAUCCUUUAAACGGUUCUGUCCCAUUUGUUGCCAAUUAUAUUUGAUGUUAAGUAUGAAGGAAAAAUAAGUUGACUAAAAUACCAAAACAUGCAAGCUUUUUUGAAUGCUUUAAGAAAAUUAAAAGUUUGACUGUUUUGUUUUAA